AUGGGAUUCUCUCAGCCAAAGACUAAAAUUAGGCUUUGUGAGCAGUUGAAGAUCCAUGCUCCUCAUAUAUUCUCAAAACCCAGAUCACCUCCUGCUGAACCACCUCCAACCAAUCAAAACAAGGUUGUUAAACCAUUACAACCUCAAUUCAUUCCAGCGUCACCUUUUCCACCUCAUCCACCUGUUGUUCCUCCUCACCGAGACAUUGUAUUCCCACCUCAUAUACCUGAACCUCCAAAAACCGCAACUCCCGAAUCUAUUUUUUCAAAAACAAAUUUGGUAUGGCAAGGUAAUAUAGCACGUAAUGGAAAGAAGAUUACUGAGACUUUGGCUAUUAAAAUCAGUGGACAAUGUUCAACAUUCUUAAAUUCUUCUGUUGAGAUGAUUAAUAUAACUCACAGGCUGAAAUGGGAAGAAGCUUCAAAAAAUGUCCCAUUGGCAGUUUUUUCAAUCCACUCCUCAAAUAACCUUAAAAUCGAACCUUUUAAAGAAUAUAUUGACUACUUUCAAUCGAAAAAUCGGGUAACAAAUUUUAUACUAAUUGGUGUAUCACCUUUGGGUAAUGAUCAUAAUAUAUACAUUUGUGCUCCUGGAAAUCCACUUUUUGAUAAGCAUUUACCAGACGGACUAACAACUCCAACGCUUAUUGGUAUUGUUACAAAUGCUGAAUUACAAACUUCAACUCAAUCUUCUGGUAAACUUCAACAAUCAAAUGGUACUGUUAUAAUUUAUAGAAAUUUUACAGAUGAUUGGUUAAGUCAACUAAACACACUAACAGCAAUGGUUGGGACUAAAAAGUAA